GUCGGGCGUUCUUUCAGUCAAGCUAGCUAAUGAUAGCUCGAAGAGGUAGUAGUACUUAUAAGUGCAUCAACAGAAGUGGCUUCUGGCACCUGCCUCUUGUAUGACACAGCUCAGCUAACUUUCCGUCAUCUCGGAGGGGCGUAUUCUAAAGUCUGUUUCAACUAUACACUGACGCCUCUUCCCUUUUUUUAACUGUCCAUGCGAGUCCUACACCCAAUUGCGAGACUCUGCGCUUCCUAACUACCUAAAAUAUAAUAACAAUGAGAACUAAUGCCGGGCGUAGACAUUAGCAUACCGCUGACACAUGUAAGCUGCGGGAAAAUAAAGGGCCGCUGAGGGGUAACAACACAGAUCCCCCCUUAUAAGUAAUCAUUGCCUUUUGAAUUAGCUUUUCGUAUUGCCUUGAAAACAUCAACUGACUACUUCACUUCAACGCUCUCCAACAUCAUGUCGAAACGUUCAGGCCCUCUAGCCCCUGGUGUGGCUUUCAUCAUAGGCGGAGCACGAGGUCUCGGAAACGCGGUCGCUGUGUCAUUUGCCAAAGAAGGAGCAAGAGGCGUGGUGCUUGUGGAUAUCCAAGACGAGCAGACGUUUGCUGAAGGACAGAAAAACGUCGAGGAAUAUGGGACUGAGUGCCUUCGCAUCCGUGCCGAUGUAACAAAAGAGGCGGACGUGGAGCAGGCCGUUCAACAAGCAGUCGAAAAAUUCGGCCGCAUAGACUACGCAGCCAACUUCGCCGGCAUCCUCGGACCCAGAGACCCCAUAUCCGAGAUUUCCCUACCCGAGUGGCAGAAGACGCAAGACGUAAACUCCACUGGUAUGCUCGUCGCCACAAAGUAUGAGAUGCGCCAGAUGAUGAAGCAGGCUUCGAUCGACGGCAUCGAGGAAGGCCGCGUUCCUCAACAGGGUUCGAUAGUGAACUGCGCCAGUGUAAAUAGUCUAUUCAGCGUAGCUGGAACGGUAGCGUACACGGCUUCAAAACAUGCAUGCCACGGAAUUACCAAGGCAGCUGCUCUCGAAGGCCGGACACAUAACAUCCGCGUCAACGCCGUGUCCCCUGGGUUCCUGCCGACAAAGCUGGUAGAGAUGGGCGAGGACGAGGAAGCGAACGAAGCAUGGAAGACACUGUGGCGAGGGUUAACAAAUAGGCAAGGGAGAAAUGCAACGUUAGAGGAGGUGGGAGAUGUUGUCGUGCUUCUGAGUCUGCCGAGGAUGAGCUUGGUUAAUGCGCAGAAUUUGUUCAUUGAUGGCGGAUUCACUAUAAAUGCAGGGAACUUCUAGAGAUCAGUUAACAGUUUAUGUGGAAUUGGAAUUGAAUGUAGCUGCUGAUUACUGUUUGACAAGUU